AUGCCCGCCAUAGUGGCCCUAAAUAAUGCUAACAUAACGGCCGCCAUGAUCAAUGCACCAGAUGGUACUUUACCACCAGCAUUACCGGGUAGAGCUACUGAUAAUAGUAAAAAAUCAACUGAUAAGAGAGUGAAAAAUACUGCCGUUAUACAUUUUUUGAGUAAUUUACUAAGAAAAAAACUAUAUAUACAUCCUGCCGAUGAAAAUAAUCAUGAUCCUGUAGAUGAUAUUUCAGAUAGCUUAGCGGGAUUAACAUUAAAUAGUGUUAUAAAUACUGCUAAAACUAUUCGUAAAAUUCUCCAAAAUGAACUUAAACUAAUUUUUCCUGCAAUAUUUCCCCCAAACGCUAAUUCUGAUUCUAAUAAAGCUAAUACAUCAAAACAGAUACCUUCUAUACAGAAGAAAAUAGAGCCCCAAAGUGAAGAUUUACUUAUUUCUAAAGACUUACCAUGUUAA